AACGGCGACCGUCGUUGUUGGCACGCUCAUUUUUUCACUCAUUUUCUAGUAAAGAAGCAUUCGGUCCGUUCACUGACUCACUCACUAACUCACCCUCUGCUUGUGCUCGUCUAGCGCUGUCGUCGACUCACUCACCAUUUUCGUGCUCACUUAUAACAGUGCCCAUGCCCUCUCGAGGAAAAUAUAUUUGAGUGGCAAUUUGCGAUUAGAGGGCCUCGUGAUACCGAAUUUGAGGGUGGUAUUUAUCAUGGACGGAUUCAGUUGCCUUUAGAGUAUUUAUUCAAACCCCCUUCAUUCAAGUAGCAUUCCUUUCUGCUAUUGACACUCUGUGUUUGCUAAACUAUUUUUCAAGUUAUUUAUUGAGAGCAUGACGAAAUUUUCUCAUUGUUCGGGUCAUAAAUAUCAUCAUGCAUUUCGCAUUCUCUCUCUCUCUCUCUCUCUCUCUCUAUAUAUAUAUAUAUAUAUAUACACACACACACACACACACACACACACACACACACACACACACACAUAUAUAUAUAUAUAUAUAUAUAUAUAGAUAGAUAGAUACAUACAUACAUACAAGAUUAUAAUUAUGCAGUUGUUCCUCUGCAACUAUAAAACUGCCUGAUAUAUUCAACUAUUUGCUUUAUAAUUUUCCAUUAUUAUCGUUGUCUAGGUAGGAUCAUAUUAUGCUUUGGGACAAAACAUGACUUACUCUAGAUAGAAGUGGCAUUGUAUUGAUUUCCAUAACUUAAGAUCAUAAGGUUGGAUGCUAAAAUAUUGAUCGAACGAAGUAGUUUCAUUUUAAUGUAUUCAUAAUUUGUAUCAUUAGAAUGUGAAUGCAUCUCUGUUAUUUUCACGAUUCUUCUCUAACACAUUACCUUCAUUUUUGUAAAUAAAAAGCCAAUUUCUACACUGAAUUUUUUCUUCCUCUGAUUCUGGUGAAUUAACUAUAUAUAUGUUGUUUAAUUAAUUAUUUGAGUAGGGUGCAGAAUGGUAUCCCUUGAUCUGAAAUGGAGUUCAGGCCAAUGCAUGGUUAUGGGGAAGGUAGAGUCAAGUACUAAAGCUAAAGGGGAAGAUAUGCCUUCCUUGUGCGCUAGUUCGACCUAUGAGGGCAAAGAGUAAAUAUUGUUGCUAUGGGACCAGCCAUAGAUCAUGCUCCUGUUAUUGCCAAGCCCUUGACAAAAGAUGACCUAAUUGACUACUUCAUAUCUAGUUGCAAGCCCAAACAUAACUGGAGAUGUUGCCUACAACCUCUAGCUGCCGAGGAUGUGUUGCCAACAACCAUGAUUGCAGGUUCUUAAGACAAGGGAUUAUGUCCCUGUAGAACAGACAAAACCUGCCUUGCAGUUGUGGUAGCCCUCUUGUUCAGGUGGAAUGUUGCAAGAGGAUAGUACUAAAUGGAGCUAUAUGGCCUUACCGACAUGUUUUUGAAUUUUAUUAGAAUAUGGAAAUUGAGCAUUAUGAGUGUGGAAAACGGACAUGGUUUGGGGACAAAAGAGAGGAACAAGCUCCAAUUGAGUCAAAUGAAUUUCUUCCAAGGUUAAGGAGGCAAAAGUCAGUAACUUCUAGGUCUCAGUAUAUAAACAAAAAGGAACUAAGAGUUUGUGUUGGAACAUGGAAUGUUGGAGGAAAGCUUCCACCUGAUGACCUAGAUAUUGAUGAUUGGUUAGGCAUUAACGAGCUAGCUGAUAUCUAUGUUCUUAGUCUUCAGGAGAUUGUACCAUUAAAUCCGGGUAACAUUUUUUGUGUUGAAGACACUCGACCGAGACAGAAAUGGGAAAACAUUAUUCGAGAUGCACUUAAUAGAGUUAGAUCAAAAGCACCAAAGAUGAAAUCCUUCAGUGAUCCCCCAUCACCAUCAAAAUUUAAGCCAUCAAAUGAUGCGCCAGACAUAGAAGAAGAAACAUUACUUGAAAGUGAUGGUGAUAUUGGUGAGGAAGUCCAUCCUUUGGAUGAAGAACACAAUGUUUAUGAUGGAGGUGCAAAUAAACCAACCACAUAUGAAGAAGCCUUGAAUACUAAUUUUCAGGCUUCAGAUGUUGUUGAUAUUGCCAACACAAAAGAGCCAAUAGGCAAUGAUUUAAAGAGACAGAUUUAUGAUGGAAAGAGGUGAUGCCUUGGCUGUAUUGAAGAAUAGUAUGAGUGACCCUAACAAUGUUCUUCAAAGUUGGAAUUGUACCCUUGUCACUCCUUGCACAUGGUUUCAUGUUAAUUGCAACAGUGAAAAUAGCGUGACCCGUGUGUAAGAUAUUGCUUCGCUGCUAUUUUUACUUGUCAUGUUAUGAAAGUUUGUGCAUAUUGUGAAAAAUAAUUUUUGUUGGCUAGUGAUCUUGGAAAUGCAAACCUUUCGGGUCAUCUUGUUCCACAGCUUGGUCAGCUCCUAAUUUUGGAAUGCUUGUAAGUUACAAAACAGAUAUGACAUUAUUGGCUCAAAUAUGCUUAAUUUUACUAGUAAUUCUUGAUUGUUGGCUGAAAUAGAUAUGACCAGGCAAAGGUUAUGCUAAAAGUAAAUAUGAUAACGGUUAUUUUAUAUACUUGUUACUUUAUGUUAAUGAUGUGUUGAUCAACAUGGCUGUGCAUCAAAAUUUGCUUUGCCUGGUUGAUCUUUGUAUGA